AUGACUGACGCGAAUGCACCCUCAACUGAACAAGCCUCACGUCUGCAGGACGUCUCGGCCGUGCAACUGCGUCUCCCAUCUUUCUGGCCACAGGAUCCGCAAGUUUGGUUUCACCAGGUCGAGGCGCAAUUCUCCCUGUACCGCAUUGCCUCGGAAACGACACGCUACUACCACGUAGCCUCAGUCCUUCCUCCUGAUGUUGCCAGCGAGCUCUCCGACGUCCUCUCCAACCCCUCAGACAGAGACUCGUUCGCCUUGUUCCGGUCGUCGAGCUUUUCCACCUCUCUGGUGGUGCCACCGGCGUUUCCGACACCGAGCCACGAAGUGUACACCUCCUUGUUCGUGGCAGGGAAACGCCUGCUGGGAUCACUGACGGCGGCAUGUGAUCUCACUUCUCGUUCCAGCCUCCUUUUCAUGGUCGCCGACCAGCUAUCGGGCGCCAGGUUCUUUAUAGAUACGGGCGCGGAAAUUAGCGUUGUGCCCCCGACUAAAGCUGAUCGUUCGAAAUCACAGGGGCAAGUGCUUCGCGCUGCUAACGCCUCGUCUAUAGCGACGUAUGGACUCCGAUCUCUCACCCUCGACUUCGGCCCUCGCCGCAUUCUCCGCUGGGUUUUCAUCAUCGCAGACUUUUUUCAACUUAUCAUCGGCUCGGACUUCCUCUCAUACUUCGAUUUGGACGUCAGCGUCCGGCGGCACCGCCUCAUAGACGGUCAGACUCGUCUCUCCACCUCGGGAGUCCUGUCCGACAUCGCUCCAAUGGCCAUCCGCAUGCUGAUACCUUCCUCACCGUUCGAAAAAAUCUUGGCGAGUUUCCCGGAGUUAACAAAAUCUUUCAACCUCACUCAGCCGCCUAAACAUUUGGUGACACACCGCAUCGUCACCUGGGGUCCACCGACAGCCGCUCAACCACGCCGCCUGUUCGGCGACCGCCUAGCAAUUGCUAAAAUGGAGUUUGACCACAUGCUGCAGCUCGGCAUUAUACGCCCUUCGUCAAACGCUUGGGUUUCCCCGCUGCUUUUGGUGCCAAAGCGUGAUCCUGGUGACUGGCGUCCUUGUGAGGACUAUCGAGCGUUGAACGCCAAGACUGUCCACGACAGCUAUCCCCUACCUCACAUUCAGGAUUUUACAUCGCGCCUCGACGGCUGCACUUUUUUCAGCAAAGUGAACCUUGUUAAGGCGUACCAUCAGAUUCCUGUCGAGCCCGCCGACAUACCUAAGACCACCAUCACGACGCCCUUUGGGUUGUUUGAAUACGUGCGGAUGCCUUUUGGACUCCGCAAUUCGGCUCAAACUUUCCAGCGGUUCAUUUCUGAGGUCACAAGGGGCCUCCCUACUGUGUUUGCGUACCUUGAUGAUGUCCUCGUCGCCAGCCGCACGCCUGAAGACCAUGAGCACCACCUUCGCGCUCUGUUCCAACGUCUAGAGCAGUACGGCCUCGUUUUGAACGCCUUGAAGUGUACUUUCGGCGCAUCUGAGCUCGAGUUCUUGGGUCAUUACAUAUCAUCCCAAGGAAUACGGCCUCUCCGAUCCCACGUUAAAUUAAUCCAGAAUUAUCCUCAGCCUACAACGCUGCGCCUAUUACGCCAAUUCCUGAGGCUUAUGAAUUUUUCCAGGCGCUUCAUACCACACUGUGCCGAACUGCUACGACCGCUCACAGACCUCCUUCGGUCAACCGCCGGCCUGUCCUUCGCCAUUCCUUGGUCAUCAGAGGCCCAGGCCGCCUUUAUGGCUGCCAAGCAAGCGGUCACUCACGCCGUGCUUCUUAUCCGCGCAGCAACGCCCAUACUCGGUUGA